CUUGUUUAUCUACUUUGGGUAAAGGGGGUCCCAAACCGCGCGGAAAGCAAGCCAUCGACGCACACCCACAAGUCUGACGUACAUUGAACUAGACGAAUUGCGGGCUUCUCGGGAAACAGUCGUAACAAAACCCUCAACAUGGCUUCCAUCCUCCAUCCAUCGUGCAGGUGGGCUCGUGAGUCUUUCUCUCUUUAGGACUUGCCUCACUUGAUCGACUCGAGGUCUCUUCGAUUAACUGCCUUGCAAGCACAAAACAACUCUCUCUUGCAAUGCCGUUAAUGGAAGAAGACUACGAAAACCUACGAGCCGAAGCAGACGCCGAGCCCGAACGAUAUCGCUCCUGGGACACCCAAGGGCAAUUCCGCAGAGAAUACGCGAGUCUGCAUCCCGAGAACCAGCAAGUCGAGAAACCAGAAAAUGGCAACAACAGUCCCCUUGACGAGAACGAGAUCGAACGACUCCCAACGGUAGUCUCCACAUCCUCCUCCGGCGCAGACUCACCUCAGUACGAAGGCAUUCGAGCCCGCCCCGCUACCUCCCGCGCACGAAGCUCCUCGUAUGCUCACGACACGGAUCUCCAUCGAUCAGAGACCCAUCGAAUAAAUGGGCAAUUGGUACGGAAUCCGACGGCAUUGGAUCGGAUCAAUACCCAUCGAUCGCAACAUUUCGGGACGGUAGGAUCGCGAGCUUCGACCAAGAAGGAUAAACCGCUGCCGAACUUUGGGGGUGGGAAGCCGUAUCCACCGCCUCUGCCCGCGCAGGAGGAAUAUGUGGUGGAGUUUGAUGGGCAUGAUGAUCCGACGCAUGCACAGAAUUGGUCGUUGAAGAAGAAACUUAUCAUUAGUCUGAUCGCCAUCUGGGCCUCUCUAGCAGCAACGUUCGGCAGCAGUAUUUUCAGUGCAGCCAGCGUCGGCGUAGAGCGAGAAUUCCACGUUGGGAUAGAAGUAGCCACACUCGGAACAUCUCUAUUCGUCCUCGGAUAUGCAUUUGGACCUAUUAUCUGGGCUCCCAUGUCCGAGCUUUACGGUCGACGGUUACCAAUUGUCAUUUCCUCUUUCGGAUUUGGAAUAUUCGCUAUCGGUACAGCUACAGCUGCAAACAUCCAGACGGUGAUGAUCUGCCGAUUUUUUGAUGGCUUGUUUGGCUCUUGUCCUUUGGCUGUGGUUGCUGCUAUCUUUGCGGAUAUCUGGAGCAACGAGACGCGCGGUAUGGCUGUGGCUUGUUUCUCCGCUACGGUGUUCAUGGGACCGCUACUUGCUCCUUUCGUUGGUGGUUUUAUAACGGAAUCGUACUUGGGAUGGAGAUGGACAAUGUACAUCUCGUCCUUCAUGGGCUUCUCAUCUUUCAUCCUAAGCUUGUUCUUCUUGGAAGAGACAUAUCCGCCUCUCAUCCUCGUAACCAAAGCAGCCGAGCUCCGUCGGAGAACCAAGAAUUGGGGUAUUCAUGCCAAGCAAGAAGAAAUAGAAGUGGACGUCAAAGAACUCAUCGUCAAGAACGUGGGCCGUCCCCUGAGAAUCCUGUUCACCGAACCCAUCGUCCUGCUCAUCUCCAUCUACAUGGCCUUCGUCUACGGCCUACUGUACACUUUCCUCACGGCUUACGCCCUCGUCUUUCAAGGUGUCUACCAUAUGAACGCCGGCGUAGGCGGGUUAACGUACUUCGGCCUCGUCAUCGGCGAACUCAUCGCCUUCGUUAUGGUGAUCUUGAUGAACUCUUCCUAUGUGCGGAAGCUGAAAGCUAAUAACAAUAUCCCCGUCCCGGAAUGGCGACUCCCCAUUGUGAUGAUAGGCGGUCCCGUCUUCGCGGCGGGUCUGUUCUGGUUCGGGUGGACGGGCUACACGGAUAAGAUUCCUUGGAUCGUGCCCACGCUCUCUGGGCUCUUCACCGGUUUUGGAAUCUUCGCUAUUUUCCUCCAGCUCCUGAACUAUAUCAUCGAUGCGUACCUCAUGUUUGCCGCAUCUGCCAUUGCGGGAAAUACAUUCAUGCGAUCCUUGUUUGGUGCUAUUUUCCCGCUGUUCGCGAGAUAUAUGUAUGAGGGGAUUGGAAUCAAUUAUGGACAGACGUUGAUUGGAGCUGUGGCGGCUGUGUUGGUGCCGUUGCCGUUUAUCUUUUACUAUUAUGGGAGGAAGAUUAGGGGGAGGAGUACGUUUGCACCCGCUCCAGACAUUGCGCAGGAUAAGAGGAGAGACGAGGAGAGUAGUGGAGAGAGUGCACAGAUCGAUGAGGGUGCACAGAGUGAGGAGAAGAAGGCUGAGGAAAGCUAGAAUGGUGGGCAAUCUUAG